AUUAUAUCUAGCGAUGCUUUUUUUUCUUCUUUUUUUUUAUUAACAGAUAUUUUCAAAGAUGGUAAAUUACGAUAGAUUUGGAAUCAACAUAAUGUAACCGUCUUCGUGUAAUCAAGUCAAAUUACUGUCCGACAUGGCUGUGUCAACGUGCUUCGGCUUUUGGUCGAUAGCGAGUAAAAUAUAUGAAGAUGAAUACAUGUAUGAAAGUAAGACGUUAAAUGCGUACAAACUUUAUGAUUAAGAAGGUUCUUUCAAAGUGUGUAUAAAAGCAUUAAAAUUCUCCUUUGUUUUUUUUUGUUUUGUUUUAUUCUUUACCAUCUCUCCUUCCAUUUAAUUUACUUGCAAUGAGAGGUUUAGCAUUCACAGUCAUUUCUUUGGCUACUGCUGCUUCUUCUGUCUUGGCAGUUAGCAGAACUCAUAUCUCUUCUUCUAGACCUGCUGAUCCUGAAGGUCAAUUCCCUCGUCUUGGUGCUUGUCCUGAUCCUCAUGCCUGUAUUUUCCCUCCCGAUGUUUCUACAUUUAUCCCUGGUGCCUAUUUUGACUUGAGAGUUGAACUCCAUGCUUAUGACAAAGACACCUCCAAGCCUACACCUGCUCCUUACAAGGAAUUCAAGACUACUAUCCGUAAAGGCAAUGGUAAAUGGUACGAUAUCAAUGACUACUUUAAGCUCAAGAAGCAACCUAAAAUUGAGAACUGGACCUUUGAUUGGAUCGAUUCCAUUGAUACCCAAUAUGCUUCUGUCCUUAACAAAACCAACAAGCCUAUUGAAGUUGCUGUUGCCUCUCGUGCUUGGAGAAGAAUCAAGCUUAUCGAAUCCGGUGAAUACGAAAUUAAGGUUCAAUACAGUCCCAAAAAGUCCUAUUCUGUCAAAUACCAUGUUGUUGAACCCAAGAAGCCUAAAAAGAAGGCAAAGAACGUUAUUCUGUUUAUUUCUGAUGGUACAAACAUCGGUAUGAUUACUGCUGCUCGUGCCCUGGCUCGUAAACAUACUUCUGGUAAAUAUGAAAGCUUGCUUUCUUUUGAAGACUUUGACAACCUCGGUCAUGUGAUUACCAAUUCUGUUGACAGUCUCUUGACUGAUUCUGCCAACUCUGCUUCUGCUUAUGCUACAGGUCACAAGAGUUCUGUCAACUGUUUAGGUGUCUAUGCUGACUCCUCUGAAGACCCUUUUGAUGAUCCCAAGGUUGAAUUGAUUACUGAAUUGAUCCGCCGUCGUCAACCCAACAAGGCUAUUGGUGUUGUUUCCACUGCUUUCAGUCAAGAUGCUACUCCUGCUGCCUUCUAUAGUCACACUCGUCGUAGAUCUACACUUGCUGAAAUUACUGACCAACUCUUGAACGGUUUUGGCAACUGGACAGAUACUGGUAUUGUGGAUGUUCUUUUAGGUGCUGGUGCUGAACAAUUCUCUGGUAACAAGAGUUUGCAUAAUAACAAUUACUACAAGUCUUUUGAAAAGGCCGGUUAUAACGUUGUUAUGAACAAGAAGCAGUUGCUUGCCAACAAGGGAAAGAAGGCCAAGCUUCUUGGUAUUUUCCGCACUGGUAACCUUGAUGUUUGGUUUGAAAGAAAUUUGUACGUUAACAACACUGUUGGUAACAAGGCUGCUCCUGACAACAGUGGUAAAGAUGCUCUUGGUUCUGAUCAACCCGGUCUUUCUGACAUGACAAUUGCUGCUUUGGAAGUAUUGAAGAGACGUGGUGGUAAAGAUGGUUUCUUUAUGAUGUCUGAAGCUGCUUCUGUGGAUAAGCAACUCCAUACCUUUGAUUUCCCUAGAGCACUUGCUGAGUUGAUUGAACUCGACGUUACUAUCAAGAAAACAAUUGAAUGGCUCAAGAAGAACAGCGAAUACGAAGAUACUUUGAUUUUAUUGACUGCUGAUCACUCUCAUGGUUUUGAUGUCUGGGGUUCUGUUGAUCAACGCUAUAUUCGUUCUCAUGAUGACAAGAGUGAUAUGCGUAACUCCAUUGGUGUCUAUGCCCAAGCUGGUUUCCCUGGUUACUUUGAUAGAAAUGGCGAUGGUUUCCCUGACAAUUGGUCACCAGAUAUCACUCUUGCUGCCGGUACUAACAAUGGUCCUGCUCAUUAUGAAGCAUGGCAAGUGACACACACUGGUCCUCGUAACCCUACUGCUUCUGAUGGCCACGGUGACUAUAUUGGUAACCAUAAGGAUGCUGCUGGUAAGAAUGGAGCUGGUCUUCCAUGGAGUAGCAACCUUCCUCAUGGUGAAUCCCAAGGUGUUCAUUCUAUGAGUGAUGUAUUUAUCUAUUCCCAUGGUCCUGGUUCUGAUCUUUUCAAAAAGACAUUUGAAAACUGGGAACUGUUCUUUAAGAUGGCUGAAGCUAUGGAUUUGCUUAGACCUUCCAAGCAUGAAAAAUAAUUUUACCCUCUUAAUUUAAUAAACUAUU